GUGCUGGGGCAGCAGUGGCUCUGCUGUGGUGGAAGGCACAGCAGAACUUCACCUUCCUUGCCCUGUAAGCCUCUCAAGCACGGCCAGAGCCACAGAGGAGUUCCCCAGCCCAUGGAAUGUCAUCCAGAGUUCCUGCUUUGCUGAUUUCUGAGGGGUUUUUUUUUUUAGCUCUAAGAGUGAGUCACAGGGCUGGCCUGAGCUGCUUUAUAACACACACAAUAGAAGGCAGUGCAGUAAUGAUGGUGGCUGCCAAGCAGUGGGGAGAACGCGCUCCCUGCACGGACCAUGCCCAGUGACCACGUUUGGACCAAAGGCCUGUAUGCUGCAAAACCCUAAAACCAUUAUGCACAUCCAGGAUCCAGCCAGCCAGCGGUUGACGUGGAACAAACCCCCCAAGAGUGUCCUUGUGAUCAAGAAGAUCCGUGAUGCCAGUUUGCUGCAGCCUUUCAAGGAGCUUUGCGUGUACCUGACCGAGGAGAACAAUAUGAUAGUGUACGUAGAAAAAAAGGUGUUGGAAGACCCUGCCAUAGCUAAUGAUGAGAAUUUUGGACCAGUGAAGAAGAAAUUUUGCACCUUCAGAGAAGAUUAUGAUGAUAUCUCCAAUCAGAUAGACUUUAUCAUUUGCCUGGGAGGAGAUGGGACCUUGCUUUAUGCUUCUUCACUUUUCCAGGGUAGUGUCCCUCCAGUUAUGGCUUUUCAUCUGGGAUCCCUUGGAUUUCUUACUCCAUUUAAUUUUGAGAAUUUUCAGUCCCAAGUCACUCAGGUUAUAGAAGGCAAUGCAGCUCUGGUUCUCAGGAGCAGGCUGAAGGUGAAGGUGGUGAAGGAGCACAGGGAGAAGAUGACGGUCCAGAACGGGAUCGAGGAGAACGGAGUCGUGUCUGCAAACCUGGAGAAAGAAGUGGGCAAGCAAAUUAUGCAAUAUCAGGUCCUGAACGAGGUCGUGGUGGAUCGUGGUCCUUCCUCCUACCUGUCCAACGUGGAUGUGUUUCUGAAUGGACACCUGAUAACCACGGUGCAGGGAGAUGGGGUCAUUGUGUCCACCCCCACGGGCAGCACGGCGUAUGCAGCUGCAGCAGGAGCCUCCAUGAUCCACCCCAACGUUCCUGCCAUCAUGAUCACCCCCAUCUGCCCACACUCCCUGUCCUUCAGGCCCAUCGUGGUUCCUGCUGGGGUGGAACUCAAGAUCAUGCUCUCCCCUGAUGCCAGGAACACAGCCUGGGUUUCCUUUGAUGGAAGGAAGAGGCAGGAAAUAUGCCAUGGAGACAGUAUUAGCAUCACUACCUCUUGCUACCCCCUUCCUUCCAUCUGCUUCCGAGACCCCGUGAGCGACUGGUUCGAGAGCCUGGCCGAGUGUUUGCACUGGAACGUGAGGAAGAAGCAAAACAACUUUGCUGUGGAGGAAGAAGAAUUUUGAGUGUCUGCAUCUCCCCAGACCCGUGGGAAUGGAGUGUGGCAGUAUCCCCUCUGUCUGCUUGGAUUUUGGAGCCUUUGGCUGCCAGCGUGGACCUGCACUGGGGUUGUGGUUUUAUAUCUGUCAGAUCCCGUGGCUGGGAAUUGUGUUACUGCUUCCUGUGCAACCAAGGGUAGGGAUGGAAGGAAUUGGGCUCUGGUUGUUGUAGUCCAGGGUGAAUUUCCUUCUGGAAACUGGAUUCUUUCUGAUUGAGAGCGACGGCCACAUCUGCAGCUUUGAUUGUAACCUCUCCCUUACCAAGGGCAUGAAUGUAGAUACACCCCAGGAGAGUGGCAUUCAAACAGCCUGUUUUAUUCAGUAUAUUUGUAAUUCCAUUGAACACUGCUACGAAUAUAAAGGCUCUAAGAAGUUUUCUUAAAAAAAAAAAAAAAAGAUAAUCUCUCCUCUUUGUUAGCUUAAAUACAUCUGGCCCAGAAAA